CAAGCUCCCCUUUCCUUCUAGCUCUUCAACGGCUCCCCCAACUCCAUUUUCAAAUUCAAAAUUGAAAAUCCCACGCUUCCCAGUUUAGCAAUGGCGAACACAGAUGCCUUCCAAACUACACCAACCAAGACACCCGCAUCUGAGAGGCCUCCAGCCACAUCUUCCAAUUCUAAGAAACACCACCACCGCCACCACGAAGUUCCCUCCGCUUCUGAAAUGAGGAAUCGAUUCGAAGCCUAUAAUCGGCUGCAGGCAGCUGCGGUCGCCUUCGGAGAGAAAUUGCCGAUUCCGGAGAUUGUUGCCAUUGGUGGCCAGUCCGAUGGCAAGAGCUCUCUCCUCGAAGCCCUACUAGGAUUCCGGUUCAAUAUCCGGGAAGUUGAAAUGGGCACCCGACGCCCUCUUAUUCUGCAAAUGGUCCAUGAUCCAACUUCUUUGGAGCCUCGAUGUCGCUUUCAGGAGGAGGAUUCUGAAGACUAUGGGAGUCCCAUCAUUUCACCGUCUGUAAUUGCUGAUACCAUAAAGUCAAGGACCGAAGUUCUAUUAAAAAGAACUAAGUCUGCAGUGUCUUCAAAACCCAUUGUCAUGAGAGCAGAGUAUGCACAUUGUCCUAACCUUACCAUCAUUGAUACACCGGGCUUUGUUCUAAAGGCAAAGAAGGGUGAACCUGAUAAUACGCCUGAUGAGAUCCUAUCAAUGGUGAAGUCGCUGGCUAGUCCACCUCACCGUAUUCUUUUGUUUCUUCAACAGAGCAGUGUGGAGUGGUGUUCUUCUCUAUGGUUGGAUGUUCUUCGUGAAAUUGAUCCAACUUUUAGGAGGACGGUCAUUGUUGUCUCAAAAUUUGAUAACAGGCUCAAGGAGUUUAGUGACCGGUGGGAAGUUGAUCGCUAUUUGAGUGCAAGUGGGUACCUUGGAGAAAAUACUCGUCCAUAUUUUGUGGCCCUACCUAAGGAUCGAAGUGCAGUGUCAAAUGAUGAAUUCCGUAGGCAAAUCUCUCAAGUUGAUGGAGAAAUAUUACGAUAUCUGCGUGAUUCUGUUAAGGGGGGUUUUGAUGAAGAGAAAUACAGGUCCUACAUUGGAUUUGGUUCUCUCAGAGAUUAUUUAGAAACUGAGCUCCAGAGAAGAUACAAGGAAGCUACUCCAGCAACAUUGGCCCUGCUUGAACAGCGGUGCAGUGAAGUAACUGCUGAUUUAGCCAGAAUGGACAGCAAAAUACAGGCAACUUCGGAUGUUGCACAUCUUCGAAGAUCCUCCUUGCUGCAUGCUGCUGCUUUAUGUAAUCAUGUGGGUGCACUUAUCGAAGGAGCAGCUGACCCUGCUCCUGAGCAAUGGGGAAGAACAACUGAAGAGGAACGGUCAGAGAGUGGUAUUGGUAGUUGGCCUGGUGUUUCGGCAGUUAUUAGACCUCCAAAUGCAACACUUCGCCUUUAUGGAGGUGCAGCUUUUGAGAGAGUGAUGCAUGAAUUUCGGUGUGCUACAUAUUCAAUUGCUUGCCCCACCAUUUCAAGGGAGAAGGUAGCAAAUAUUUUACUUGCUCAUGCUGGUCGAGGUGGGAGUAGAGGGGUUACAGAUGCAGCUGCAGAGAUUGCAAGAGCUGCCGCACGCUCUUGGCUUUCUCCUCUUCUUGAUACAGCAUGUGAUCGCAUAUCAUUUGUUUUAGGAAACCUCUUUGAACUUGCCAUUGAAAGAAAUCGACGAUGUGAUUCACAUUAUGGACAUAGAGAUGGGGAUGUUGAUGGAUAUGUUGGUUUCCUUGCCUCUCUAAGGCAGUCUUACAACCGCUUCAUAAAAGAUCUCUCCAGACAGUGCAAACAGCUUCUUAGGCACCAUCUUGAUUCAGUUACUAGUCCAUAUUCUCAGGUCUGCUAUGAGGACUUCUUGGGUACUUUUGGAGCUGGUUCAAACACUAUAUACAACUUGAAUCAAGCCUCAGCUGGUUCAUUUUGUCUUGAACUUUCGGAUGGCGGGCCUUCAUUGCGCAGUGAAGUCAUACCACAAGACCAAGAAAAUAUGCCUCCUGAAAAGAAUGGGCAGGAAACAACACCUGGAAAAAUUGGGGAGGCCAGAGAUGCGCUUCGUGAAUGUCAAAUGACUGUACCAGAGACUCCAUCUCCUGAUCAACCUUGCGAUGCCAACUAUGGAGUAAAAAAAGAACUUGUGAAUUGCGUUGAUGUUGGAGCAAGAAAACGGCAUUCUAGGCUGAUUGGCAGUAACAAAAAUCCUGAUAAUUUGAGGGGCCAAAAUGUAAGCCUCUUGUUUGGAAGUGGGGAUACUAAUUCAAGAUCAGCCUCACCUUAUGCAGAGAUCUGUUCACUAGCUGCAAAACAUUUUGCCAGAAUGCGUGACGUUCUGGUUGAGCAAAGUGUGUCAUCUACUUUGAACUCUGGCUUUCUUACUCCUUGUCGGGAGAGGCUCUUCGUGGCACUUGGAUUGGAUUUGUUUGCUGUCAAUGAUGAGAAAUUCAUGGACAUGUUUGUUUCCCCUGGAUCAAUCGAUAUCCUUCAGAAUGAACGCCAAUCCCUUCAUAAGCGACAAAAGAUGCUACAUAGUUGCUUGAACGAGUUCAAAAGUGUGGCUAGAGGACUUUGAUAGAGAUCCGAUCCUUCAUAUGGCCUGGAUUGCUCUGAUGGUUGAUCCACUUCCGGGCUUCACUUCUUGUGAAACCAUUAUGCCAUUGCCAGCAACAUCUUGUGACACUGUGAGUUGAUUCUUUUCAGGUUGUUCAAAUGCCCUCAUGCUAUAACGAUCUGAUAAUUUUCCUAGUCUUGUUGGCUUGUUGCUGCACACCAAGAUUCAUCUGCAUUAGAUUUUCGGGUUUUUCCAUUCUCAUGAUUCUAGCUGACCUAAAAUAAUGUUUAAUAUUCUUCCAUUCUGGGUUAAA